AUGAGGAAACCAGGACGGCCCUUAUGUCGUCCUCCUCUCCCACAGCAUCUUCCAGGCCUCCCACAGCAUCCCACAACCUCUCCCAGAUCUCCCAGGCCUCCCACAGCAUCCCACAACCUCUCCCAGAUCUUCCAGGCCUCCCACAGCAUCUCCCAGGCCUCCCACAGCCUCUCCCAGAUCUCCCAGGCCUCCCACAGCAUCUCCCAGGCCUCCCACAGCCUCUCCCAGAUCUCCCAGGCCUCCCACAGCAUCUCCCAGGCCUCCCACAGCCUCUCCCAGAUCUCCCAGGCCUCCCACAGCAUCUCCCAGGCCUCCCACAGCCUCUCCCAGAUCUCCCAGGCCUCCCACAGCAUCUCCCAGGCCUCCCACAGCCUCUCCCAGAUCUCCCAGGCCUCCCACAGCAUCUCCCAGGCCUCCCACAGCCUCUCCCAGAUCUCCCAGGCCUCCCACAGCAUCUCUCAGGCCUCCCACAGCCUCUCCCAGAUCUCCCAGGCCUCCCACAGCAUCUCCCAGGCCUCACACAGCCUCUCCCAGAUCUCCCAGGCCUCCCACAGCAUCUCCCAGGCCUCCCACAGCAUCUCCCAGGCCUCCCACAGCAUCUCCCAGGCCUCCCACAGCCUCUCCCAGAUCUCCCAGGCCUCCCACAGCAUCUCCCAGGCCUCCCACAGCAUCUCCCAGGCCUCCCACAGCAUCUCCCAGGCCUCCCACAGCAUCUCCCAGGCCUCCCACAGCAUCUUCCAGGCCGCCCGUCUCCACGGAGACCUAUUUCCAAAGUUUUCUCCUAUACUGGUCCAUUAA